AUGGACACCCAGGGCUGUGCAGCAAGUAUUUCUUCCUCAACCCCACCCCAAAACUGCUCUGGGAUUACAAACUUUAGGACAGUCUCUUCUAACAGCAGCUGCCAACUGACCAGCCACCUCCUGAGAUCUCCUGAGGGCCAGGGCUGCCACUCUAGCCCUCGCCUUUGCUGUACCCCCAUCUACCUGAUAAGCAACUUCAUUGGCUGUCCCUGUCCGGACAGCUGCAUCUGGUACUGGGAAGGAAUCAACAGUCACGAGAAGGAGACCAUGCAGACCUUGAAUGACCGCCUUGCUAGCUACCUGGAAAAGGUGCGAGAGCUGGAGGAAGAGAAUGCAGCCCUGGAAGGCGGAAUCCAGGAAGAGAGCAAUAAAGAGCUCUCUGUCCUGUGCCCCGAUUACCUGUCCUACUACACGGCCAUUGAGGAACUCCAGCGGAAGAUCUUGUGUACCAAGGCUGAGAAUUCCAGGCUGGUCUCACAAAUCGACAACACCAAACUGACCGCAGAUGACUUACGAGCCAAGUACCGAGCUGAGGUGUCCCUGCGCCAGCUGGUGGAGGCCGACGCCAACGCCCUGCGGCAGAUCCUGGACGCGCUGGCCCUGGGGAAGGCCGACCUGGAGGCACGAGAACAGUCCCUGAAGGAGGAGCUGCUCAGCCUGAAAAUCAGCCACGAGGAGGAAGUCGGUUCGUUACAGUGCCAGCUUGGGGACAGACUCAACAUCGAAGUGACCGCGGCCCCUUCUGUGGACUUAAACCAGAUUCUGCAAAAAAUGAGACGUCAGUAUGAGUCCCUCAUGGAGACAAACCGUAAGGACGUGGAACAAUGGUUCAACACCCAGAUGGAGGAGCUGAGCCAGCAGGCGGUGACGGGCUCUCACCAGCAGCAGUGUGGCCAGGCGGAGCUCAUCGACCUGAGACGCAACGUGAACGCCCUGGAGGUUGAACUGCAGGCCCAGCACCGAAUGAGAGAUUCCCAGGAACGCAUCCUGGAGGAGACGGAGGCCCGCUACACGGCCCUGCUGUCCCAGAUCCAGAGUCUGAUCCACACCCUGGAGGCACAGCUGGCGGAGAUCCGCGGGGCCCUGGAAAGACAGAACCAGGAGUACGAGAUUCUGCUGGACACCAAGUCCCACCUGGAGUGUGAGAUCGCCACCUACUGCAGCCUCCUGGACAGCUCGGAUGGCAAGCUGCCUUGGAACCCAUGCACCACCCAAUCCGAGCCUUCCGUCCGGGUGACCAGCAAGGCCAGAGCCCGGGAGUGCCCGGCCCUUGUGUAUGCAUCCUCGGCCCUCACUGGGACCCCCAAGACCUGUGGCCCCCUGCCCCGGAUCCUGGUUAAAAUAUGCACCAUCACCAAGGAGAUCAAGGACGGGAAGGUCGUCUCGUCUUCCGAGCACGUGCAGCCUUGCUACAUCACGCGGCCUGCCAAAGUCUGA